AUGGCCGAUACAUCUAUCGAACAACACCCGGGUGCUGAGCAAAGUCAUGCACUGCAAGAGCCACCAAAAAUAUCCCCGAGCAAUGACAGCUUGGACGCUAGUCCACAAGCUCGUGAUGCUUAUUCUCCACCCACUGGUAUAAGCUACACGGCAACGUCUGCUCUUCCUGCGCGAAUGCAGACUGAAGCAGGCUUCUACAAGACCUUCAUCGUUGAGGUUGUCAUAAAUGGAGUGUAUGACCAAGCUUCAAACUCCAACAAGAUCAAGAAGCCGAACUGGCCUCGGGGAAACUUUGAUGGCAACACAUACAUCGACUCACCAAGCCCAUUUGUCCAUAAUGAUGGGCAGAGUACAUACAUGUGGUACAAAGAAACAGACCAGAAUGCCUACCUGGCUUUCAACAUCAAGUCCCAUAAGUACAUCUUUGUCGAUCCAACGCUGCCCAUCAGAGCACUCUAUUUCCCCCAAAUCUUCCAGGACCCUAGCUAUCCAGGCUUCAGCAGACUUGGAACCAUUCAGUUUCACAAGUUCUCUGCACAAGGUCUGACCCUAAAGAACUACUGGGACAAUGAACCCAUUCAUUUAGACAUCACCAACGGCCGGGGACUGGGUUACUCUGGAGCAGCUCUAUGCUUGAAUGUCCUGUCAAUCAUGGCAGCACUGUGCAUUCCGGAUGAUAGGGUCGCUCGCCGCGCUGAUGGCACGCAUAUCUGCUUCGAUUCUAUUUGGCUGCUUCGAGAAGCAGCCUCGCUCAGUGUGGCAGACAACUCUGUUAGUCAAUGGGAUUCAGGAGACUUCCACAGACAGGGAAAGGAUUGGACGUCGAUAAAUGAAGGGAUUCGCUUUGUUUAUGCUCCUCUUGAUAAGCCUGCAUGGUCGAACUUUGUCAAGCAGAUCGUCGGAGCGGGGUUGGGUCUGAUUCCUAUCCUAGGCCCUCUCCUAGCACUGAACUGGGACAUCAUAUACUCAUACUUGGAUGACCCGGCAGGAUUUGCUGAGUAUGCUCAUAUCGGCAAAGAAUGGUUGUCUAUCUUGAAGCUCCAGGCAGCAGAACUCAAGAAGGCAAUCAAGUAG